UCCAGUCAGCAGCAGUCAUGGCGACAGUGGUCCAACCGCUCACUCUGGAUCGAGAUGUUGCCAGGGCCAUUGAGCUGCUGGAGAAGCUACAGGAGUCGGGUGACGUCCCUGGUCACAAGCUCCAAUCGCUGAAGAAGGUCCUUCAGAGCGAGUUCUGCACAGCCAUCAGAGAGGUGUACCAGUACAUGCAUGAAACCAUCACAGUGAAUGGCUGCCCAGAGUACCAGGCACGGGCCACAGCUAAGGCCACAGUCGCGGCCUUUGCGGCCAGCGAGGGUCACUCCCACCCGCGGGUGGUGGAGCUGCCCAAGACAGAGGAGGGGCUGGGCUUCAACGUGAUGGGCGGCAAGGAGCAGAACUCGCCCAUCUACAUCUCCCGCAUCAUCCCUGGGGGCGUGGCCGAGAGGCACGGUGGCCUAAAGCGAGGGGACCAGCUGCUGUCUGUGAACGGCGUGAGCGUGGAGGGCGAGCACCACGAGAAAGCGGUGGAACUGCUGAAGGCGGCCAAGGACAGUGUGAAGCUCGUGGUGCGCUACACCCCCAAGGUGCUUGAGGAGAUGGAGGCUCGCUUCGAGAAGCUUCGCACAGCCCGGCGGCGCCAGCAGCAGCAGCUCCUCAUGCAGCAGCAGCAGCAGCAGAACGUGUCCUCCCAGCAGAACCACAUGUCGUAGGUUGUUCCAAAAAAAGAAGAAGUGAAGGAGACUGAGAUGUGGAUCUCAAAGACCAUCUGUUUGUACUGAGGAUCCCAAAGGAGUCCCACCGUCGUGAAGGAUACUGUACCAACCAGUAGAAGACUCUUUUAAAUCUCUCUCUCCCUUCAAAGUGUACCACCGAUUACUGAGCAAAAACGAGAGCGGUUUGUCUUGAAAUUGGUGCUUUUAAAACCUGUGUAACAACGCGAGAGGGAGGCUAGCACUGAAAGUUGUCCAUUUGAACUUUCUAUUCCCUUUUCUAAGUUGUUCUCCUCAAAUAGUUGAAAGAUUGUGGCCCUUUAUGAAACCCCCCCCCCCCCCCUCCUCUUGUGUUUGUCAUUUCGUUUACAAGUCAUCCAUUUCUGAUUCCUUACCGACCAUCCAUUAUGCCGUGGCACCUUUGCCAUUUCUCCAUAGAUAUCAUUUGUACAGUGGUGUUUCUAUUGAUUCUUCAACUGGUGCUUGUGUCUAUGUAUGACUGACCAUUGAUUUUUUUUUCUUUUUGUUUUUUUUCUUUGGUCGAAUUUGUCCUGUUUUGGAUAAACGUGAACUCUUUUUUACCUUCUAUAUUGUAGCAAGAAAAUAUUUUGUAUCGGGAAUCUUGUAGAUUUAGCAAUAACACACAUUCCUCAGUUUUACUUUUUCACGUAAAAAAAAAAAAUUCCAAGAUCGGAUACAUACAUAGCUAUAUGCAGAAGUGAACCACUGCAAGGCUAAGGUAAACUGGAUCUUAUGCACUGUGUGUCAUAAGGCAGCUUCUGCCAUUGAAACAGACAGCAGUUAUUAUAUGGAUGAGUCUAUCCUCGGCACCAAUGAAAGAGAUUAUUGAUUUGCAGGUGGCAUGUACAAUUAAUGUGCAAUAACUACAAAUAUUAUUAUUAUUAUUAUUAGACUAUAUGUAAGCUACGCCAAUUGAAGACAUCUAUCAGAGAACAUAUAUAUAUAGCGAGAGAGAUUUCACUUACAUCCAAAUCAGUCCUCAGUAAUAUGAGUUAAUUACAUUUUCCUACUCCAGGCAACAAAUAGAAUGUGCUUCAUUUGAACAGUGGGAGGACAAAAUAUGUUAGAAUUAUUAUGUUUAUUUUUCAGACCAGUCUAUUUUAUAGUUUAUGAGAUCAGAGAUUUACAUAAAGGUUUAUUGUUCCAUUUAAAUAUUAUGUAUACUUUGUUAGACAUGCAGAUUAUUAUUUAAAGAUGAUUCAUUGUAUAACAACUGAAUGCUAGCACAUAGUUCAUUCAAACCGUGAGUCGCAUGAUCGGUAAAUGAUCCUCCUGGAUUUGCUCUGUCCAUCUUGACAAUCAUUGUGGGCGGCGAUGAGGCUGUGUGGAAUGUUUUCCCCCCUUUCCUCCUUCACACUUAAGGGAAUUCUGUUUUCAAAAUGUCGUUUUUACCAACCCCGGUGUCUGAGAUCCGUACCAUCAAGGGGCCAGUUAAAGUGGUAAUCCGCCAGAUUUGUGUUUUGCUGUUGUUUUUUGGCGGCAUCUUCGGUGCUAAGCGCUCAUCGCUGUGGACUGUAAACCCCCACCUCCCCCCAGAGACAUAUGACGUCUUUUUCCAUCGAUGGCACUGGAGUUUCCGUAUGUGACACUCUUCCCUUUGCCUGUGUAGUCAGUUCUCCCUCUGUUUAUUCCACUCCACCCAGAAACAUACAGCACAUCACUUCCUGUGUGCGAGACAUCUUUUCCUCCCACAAAUAGACACCAGGUGUUAGGAACAGCAGAGGUACAGACUUCCUUGAACAGGUUUUGUGCCAGCGACCAGCUAAAACAAGCAUUUAUUUUCAUCAAAAAGCCGCGGAUUACCACUUAAAAAUGGCAUUGUGGAUUUAAGCUUUCAUCAUCAACAGUAAUCUUUUGUGACGUUCUAUCAAAUAGCACACAUUAGAUUUACGGUACAUUUUAUUAGAUAAUUCAGAGUCUAGUAGAGCAACUCUUCAACGUGUGCCGUCUAGUCUGAUCGGGCCGUUUCCUAAAUCGCCUCUUAGCACUGAGGUCUUCUGAAGGUCAACUUAUCACUGACCUCAGUGAUAAGUUGUUUUUUUUUUAACAUUAUUUUCUAGGAAACCCACCAUCCCGGAUAUACCAAGUGUUUCUGUUCCUCUCUCACUCUCCAGUCUGCACUUCUCAAUAUGACAGAUUCCUUUUUGUAUCUUUAAAUCACAGGUACUCUUUCUUAAUUACCUUGCAUUUUUGAAGCUGAUGGUCCUGUACUUACCAUAUGGAUAAAAAAGAAAAAAAGACAACAAGCGGUUGAUAUGCAAUUGUUAUACAUACUAUAUUUGUAUAAAUAAAUCUAUGUGCUUGUGUACAGUGA